AUUUUCAGCUACUAACCCCAUAUAAACCGAUGUCAUCCGCAACAGCACACCCUAAUGACAAAAACGCAUUUGAUGGAAAAAAAUUCGUGAUUGAUUUGGCAUCUGGCGGCACAGCUGCUGCUGUUUCCAAAACUGCUGUCGCACCCAUCGAACGUGUCAAAUUACUUCUUCAGGUACAACAUGCAUCCAAAACAAUUGAAGCUGAUAAACGUUACAAAGGUAUUAUCGAUGUAUUUAAGCGUGUACCUGCUGAGCAGGGUUUUGCAUCAUUUUGGCGUGGUAAUUUGGCUAAUGUGAUACGGUAUUUCCCUACACAAGCGCUAAAUUUCGCAUUCAAAGAUACUUACAAGAAAAUUUUCGUCGCUGGAUACGACAAAGAUAAAGAUUUCUGGAAGUUCUUUGGCGGCAAUUUAUUAAGUGGUGGUGCCGCAGGUGCUACAUCUCUAUGUUUCGUGUAUCCACUUGAUUUUGCCCGUACUCGUCUUGCGGUUGACGUUGGCAAGGGUGCAACCCGUGAGUUUAAUGGCUUGAUAGAUUGUUUGGCAAAAGUCGUUAAAAGCGACGGUCCAGUUGGACUUUAUCGUGGUUUUAUGGUAUCAGUGCAAGGCAUCAUUGUAUAUCGUGCAGCUUACUUCGGUCUUUUUGAUACAAUCAAAAUGAUGGUUUCUACAGACCAAAAGAAACUCAACUUCUUCGCUGCUUGGAUGAUUGCUCAGGUUGUAACUGUUGGAUCUGGAAUUCUGUCAUACCCAUGGGAUACGGUACGUCGACGAAUGAUGAUGCAGUCUGGUCGCAAAGAAAUACUUUACACAAAUACUUGGGAUUGUGCAAAGAAGGUUGUUGCCAACGAAGGAGUCACAGCACUUUACAAGGGUGCUCUUUCCAACGUCUUCCGAGGCACAGGUGGCGCGCUGGUAUUAGCUAUUUACGAUGAAAUCCACAAAUUCUUAUAAAUUGCCACUUGUAAGAAGUCUAGGUAUUGCGAAGACACGGACGACAUCUGGUUUCCUUUAUCGUGUUUAACAUUAUGACGGGAUUCACUAUCAGCUAUAAUCACGCCCAAGAAGUACACCAUUGUCGUACAUAAUGUUUACUUUUGUCAUUACUAAUUACCUGUACUUCAUUUUACAACUUAGGAUUUGAAAACUGGUCUAAAUAGUGCAUUGCAUGGGGUGUGAGCUUAAACAUUAUUGUUCUGUAAUUUAAAUACUUCACUUCCCAGUAGGAUACCUCACUAUGUUCAUUUCAUUUAUUCUUUAACUACCUCUUUAUAUGUUGUUGCUAGGUUGGCCAUAUAUGGCAGACUGGUAUGAUAUAUGUUUUUCAUAAUUUCGAUAAACUUUGUAGGACGGUGAUACUAUAAGAUCGCAUGCUAUUGACGAAAUAGGUAUUUUGACCUAAUCACGUAGUGCAUCUAACCCAUCUUGUUUCGCAUCUUACAUCUUUCCAAGUGGCUGCAGUUAUGGAAGCAAUUAUUUUAUUAAGAAUCGGAAGUGUUUUAGGAUUUUAUGACUAUUUUCAUUCAACACAGCAUUCUUGAUAAGUGACUCAUCAGCAAGUGAAAAUAUAA